UGCCAGAACAGAAAUCCAGAAUUCCCAGCAUCGCCAAACGCUAUUUCAAAAUGUCGAAAGAUGUGUAAUUGUUUGUUGUUUUGGUAUGAGAUAAGAUAAGAAAUAUUUAACAAAAUGUGAAUUGUUCUAAUAUAUGAAGAUAUUGUUGCAUAAAGAAGUGUAUCUCAUUGCAGAUAUUGUGCAUUGAAACUUGGAUCAGCGGUUUCGAAGGAUUUUAUCACCAUGUCCACCAACGUUGAUGACGCCGAAGACGAAUACUUAGACGACCCGAUCUCAUUGUUAGCUAUUGAGGAUAUCAAAACAGAAAUUGUCGAUGACUACGAAGAUCAAAUCAUCGACGUCAGUUCCGACGAAGAGGACACAUACACUUCAGCCUACGGGAAGAAGACCUUUGUACUGCCGGUAACAUUCUUCGACAUAUCUAGAAACGUUAAACUGCUCAACAAGUGUAAGCCAUUGAGUAUUAGAAUAGUCGACUGCAAACAACAUCCUACGUACUACACCAAGGAUCAAGAGAAAUGUGAAAAAAGGUCUGAUGUAAGUUGCGUAGAAGUACUAGAAGUACAAAAUACAUGCGAUAGUUAUAGCGAAACUAACUCGAAUAAUGUUAAUGCGGCGGCCAUUGUAAAUAUAAGCCAUACGAGAGAAAACGCCGGUGAAAAGUCGAUGAAGGAAGGAGUGAACAAACGUCAGAGUGAUUCUUUCUAUGAGAAACUAAAGAAGCGCAAAGAAGAGAGGAAACGUAUUGCUGUCAACUGUAAAGAUUUGAAUCAAGUUGAUUUUAAAAGAAACACAGGACUCGUGGGAUUGAAAAUAACAAACACUAUUUUCAAACAAAUUGUAGAUACAGAAAAGGCCUUGAUUAAUGCUAAAUGUAGCUCUGUUGCAAGCAAACCUAAGGAUAAAAAUCAAAAUGAUGCAGAAAAACCGUCAGUUACCUCUAAAACUAUCACUUCUGAUGAUAAAUGUAAUGAACCUCAAAAUAGCGUUGUAGAAAAAGCAUUGGCUAUGGAAAAGUGUAUAAGUAUUGAAAAGAAAUCUGCCGAAAAUAAUGAAAAAUAUCACAAUGAUUCAAGAAACAAUUUACUGUAUAAAAAAAAGACAAUAAGUUCUGACGAUAACUCUAGAGGAAAUAUUGCAAGUGCUGUGGAAAAUUCGCCUAUAAAGAAAAGUGUCAUCUAUGUGGAAAAUAAAUCUAAUGAUAAGAACGAAAGUGACAUACAAAAAGCAAAUAUUGUACCCAAAAGUCUUGACAGUAAUAAAAAUAAAACAAAGAAAAAAAGUGAAACUAUUGCAGAUAAAGAAAUUAAAACGAACAAAAAAUCUGAUGUUAAAUGUAAAGAAAAAAUGCCUGAUGAGAAUGCUUCAAAAGCGUUAAUUAGAAACCUGUGUAACCCUAAAGAAGAAAAGUCUAAGGAGGAAGUAUCUGAAUGUAGUAAGUAUAUGAAAAAAGUUGGUGCCUCUUUGGAUAACCUGGGGACCUCUGUCAUACCGCUUACAAGUAAUUAUACACCCAAAAGCUCACACAAUAACUCUGAAAUUAAGAGUAUUAAAGCACAAGUAAGCCAAAACACGUACAAGGACGUUAAAGACAAAUUAGAUCAUAACAAAGUAAGCAUCGAAAAACGAUGUAGUUUAAAAAUAUUGAGUGAUAAUGUUAUUGAAAAUGCACUUAAACUUAAGAAAACUAAACCUGAAAAUAAAAAUGCAGCUAAUAUAGUGCUCCAACAAAAUUCAAAGAAACCGCACGCUAAAGUUAUUGAAAUUGAUACUAAGGUUUCUUUAAAACGUAGCAAUAUUGAGGGUUCCGUGAUUUCCGAUAAAGGCAAAGGGACAACUACAACUACGAGUAGUAAACAAGUAGACUUUAACGCAACGAAAAAAGUCGAUAAAGUCGUCGUUAAAGAUGCAAGCAGAGACCAGGCUGGUCCUAACUCUCCCGUCAUACCGUGUACUACCAUUACCAUUAGAGCUGCUACGCCUAAAUCAAUUUCAAAAGAAACUUCAGCUAAGGUUACUGAUACUACUGAAAAACAAGACCGUGGAACAUUAUCUAAUACUCCACCCGCCGACACCGAAACUUCCUCGCUGCGAAAUAUGGCUGAACAUAGAAGUACUCCUAGUAAUGUACAAAAACAACCUACCCUUCCACAGAGUUCCACUACAAAUCAAUCAGAUUUAACCAACUCCAAAUGUACACUCACUUUAAGGCCAAAUGAACCUGCCGUAUCAAAGACGAAUAAAAAUAAAAAUAGUCCUUUGGAGUGCAACCAAUACACAUCUAAUAUAAAAACACAGAAAACCACUGAUUUCAAAAAAUUAAGCAAUGAUCCGCGUACUGCUCUAAGUAACUUGCAAUACAAUGUUUCAACCAUGAACAAACGCGCAUUUUCCGAUCCGAAUGUGCCCAAUAUGAACCCGACCAAAGGAGCCGACAUGUUAAAUACCACAGUUAUACCCUCUACAACUACUGGAAACACCACGUCCGUGACUAACCUGUCAAUAAACGGAAUUAUUAACAAUCAAGCGCACCCUAAUCAGAGGACGAAUACACCACCAACCUCCCAAAUUCAUUCUAAAUUUUCUGGCCAUAACGCUAUAAUACUAAGAAGACCGCCUUUGCCACAAUCACAAAACUAUCCUCCCUCAUAUCAAGGACAACCCAUUCAAACGGUGGUUAACAACAGAUUUCAGCAUCAACCAAUUCCGCCUGGACCGAGACCAACACGAUUUCAAUACCCACCCCCGUUUCCACCACCACCACCACCACCACCACCUACGCCCCCUGAUAAUCAUAUGCAUUUCAUACAAGUCAGGCCUACGCCACAAAGGUUUAUUAUGCCCAACGGAUCUACUUAUUUACGAGGAAUAGAAAUGGAUUUAGACCAAUUGCGAUUCUAUAACCAACCUUUACCCCCCGUUUAUCGGCCUCCAUUAUCAGUUCCUAGACCUCCAAGCCCUCAGCUCAACAAAGAUUCUUUCAUCGGUAACACGGCUGAUGGUGAUCCGAUCAAAAAAAUUAACAUACCCGUAGUAACGCCAAUCGUCGAUGAUAAACAGAAGAUGCUAGCCGAACUAAACAAUGCAGUGAUGUUUCCAGAACUAACGAACAAUCAGAAUGACGAUCCACCUAAAUAUCUUAAGCGUAAAGCUGACGUACCAAUAGUAAAACCCAAACAUUCAAAACCUGGCCUUUUGUCUAAGAAAACCAACAUAACCACGGAUUCCAGUAAUGUGAAAAUUCCUGAUAAAUUUUGUCCCAACAUCGGGUAUUCGCCUCCGAUCUUGCCUAUAUUUACAUACCAGGAAUCUUUCAAAUUAUUUUUUCCCUACGACGGUAAGAACUCUGGAAUGUCUGCUCCCACCGACAAACAGAAUCGUACUCAUUUGAAUAGAACGACAUCUACAGCCAGCAUUAGGAAAUUAGAUAAGAGCCACAAAAGAAUACUUCAUCACGAAAACGGAAACCAAGAUAAGGCCAAGAAGAUAUCUUUUAAAGAGUACAGAAAAAGAGUUAUAGAAGAUGAUGUUGACAGAACUUAUGUUUAUAAAGUGAAAAAAUAUCACGAGUCUAAUAAUCCUGCAGGCGAUCACAACCAAGAUCAGGGCUAUGACUCGGAUACAACUGUCAAAUUGUAGUUGGUGGUUUUCAACUGUUGCUAGAUUUUGAGUGGCGUUAGCAGUUAGAAUAUAGUAGUUUUAUUUUAUUUUUUAUUUGCUUUUGACCAGUGUUGUUGUUUAGUUAUUUAUAAAUUUUAUGUGAAAUGUUCGAUGUGUCAUCAAAGUUUGAUGAGUAAUAAUCAUUAAUAGUAUUUCGUGUUAGAAGUUACUAGAAAUAGGUACAUGUGGCUAUAUAAUUUUACUUAGGUAUAUAAUUUGUUCCUGCGCCCAUUAAAGGGUUAUUUACUUUACUUUUAAUGAGCUUUAUUUUUAUACGGGUACUUUUAGCCAAACGGACCUCGGAUUUUAUGAUAUUAAUAACAUUACCUAUACUUAUGUUUGAAAUUUUGCCCAAACUUACAUAGUAAUGUUUGAUUCCAAAUAUCAUUGCUAUUUUAUCAGAUUCUGGAGUUAUCCUAAUUUUUACAAAAAAAAUGCAACAGUUCUUAGUUUCAUGAGUAAACUCAGAUUGUUUAAGUAUUUAAAUGUGAAGGAAUUGGAAUCUACUGAAAUAAAAGUGUAUUUGUGGCGUGCCUUGCCUUAAGGGACAUCAUCGGCACAACAACGAGUAUGCUCCAUUCCGUGUGCAAAAGUACCAUUUAGACAUGGAGCGCCACGUUUAAGCUAACCGUUUGAACGCCACGCUUAACGUGCGCGGCGGCCGGCGCGUCAUCGAGAAUCUUGUCGGAAUAUGCACGAUGGUGAAAUAUGAUAUUGGACUGUAGCCGCGCGCGACACUUGACGUCUUUGGCGGUCGAAGGAUUAAAUAAAAAAGAUUUGCACUUAUAAAUUAAGUGUAGAUAGAACCUGCGGAUGCAGUUUUAUUUCUAUAGGUACUUGUAGUAAAACUUCUUAAUUAUAGUCCAAAAUCUCCCAACUAGGGUCCAAAUUUAAUAUCUUCGUUGAAUCGUUGAGGUGUGACUUUUAUUUGAUUUUUUAAGUUUACAUUACUACAGAGGCGGCGGAAAACUAUGCAUAUCUUGGCGUGAAAAGGGGUUGC